AUGGCUUCACUUGAGUGCAUAAAGUUUCUUAUGCGGGGUGGAUUAGCUUUACGUGGGCACAAUGAAUCAUCAUCUUCAAGCAACAAAGGUAACUUUCUUGAGCUAUUGGAGUUUCAUGCUUGUGGUAGAGAAGAAGUAGAAAGAGUUGUUUUGAGAAAUGCUCCAAAAAAUCUCCAAUUGACCUCCCCAGAUAUCCAAAAAGAUCUUGUUCAUGCAAUGGCUUCUGAAACAACCAAAAAAAUCAUUCAAGAUCUAGGAGAUAACUUCUUUUGCAUAUUAGUUGAUGAGACUCGUGAUGCUUCAACCAAGGAACAAAUGGCCAUUGUUUUACGUUAUGUGAAUGAUCAGGGUUUGGUUAUGGAGAGGUUUCUUGGUACUACUCAUGUGGCAAAUACCAAAGCCUUGACACUUAAGGGUGAAAUUGAAACUAUGCUUUCAAAACAUGGAUUGAGUAUGUCAAGGAUAAGGGGACAAGGCUACGAUGGAGCUAGCAACAUGAAAGGACAAAUCAAUGGGUUGAAGAGUUUGAUCUUAGCUGAAAAUUCUUCUGCUUAUUACAUUCAUUGUUUUGCACAUCAGCUUCAGUUGGCUCUUGUUGCUGUAGCUAAGAAUCAUCUUGAAGUUGGUGGUUUUUUCAAGACUGUCAAUAGUGUGAUGAAUCUGAUUGGAGCAUCUUGCAAACGAUCUGAGUUUAUUCGGGAUGCUCAAGUUGAGAAGAUUGCUGAGGCUGUAGCUGCUAAUGAACGAGAGACUGGAAGGGGAUUGAAUCAAGAAAUGGCUCUUAAAAGACCAGGUGAUACUCGUUGGGGUUCUUACUAUGGGGCGCUUAUCAAUUUGGAUAGCAUGUUUUCUGCUAUUAUUGAUGUGUUGGAUACAAUUCAGAAUGACCCUACUCUGAGACAGAGACAGCUAUUGAUGCAUGGCGUAUGUCGAUUACACUUCAAGAUUUUAACUUUGUCUUCAUUUUGA